GAACAGCUCCAUAUUGUCAGACAGCUUCUCCUACAAGCAUCUGUCACCUUCAUAUAUGGCCACGAUGAUGAACAUGCGCGCUAUUCGUUCUUUCCAGGGGCGUAGAAUUACCCCAGCCGUCAUCAAACGGUUUGCAUCAACGGGGGAGCCGUCCAGCGCAGAAAUUGACCAUCAUCCAUCUCGAAUAUUCGACUCGACCGCCGAGGAACAAGAACUUGACAGGCGCCCUGGGAGAGGAGAUGAGAAUCUGCGCUAUGCACAUGACUUGCCACGAGCAGAAAAAUGGCCCUACAACCGCAAACGGGAGGGACGUCAAGUAAAUCCUCUCCCUCGGGAGUACCGCCACAUAUCAGUCAAACCAGGAACUAGACCACCAGACUCUCCGGUUCAUCCUCUACUGGGCGAAGGUUAUGAGGUCGGAGGUCAUUUGAAGCGGGGUAUUUCGCCAGAGGAUAAAUUCGAUGAUGAAGGAAGACGGACGUGGGGGGAGUGGGGUAUUCCGGUCUAUAUCUACACUUCCAAGGGUGACAAACUGUUCAAUAUGCCGAACCUCUGGCUAAGGGACCACUGCCGGUGUAACAAAUGUGUGAAUCCGGACACCCUGCAGAGAUCUUUUGAUACUUUUGAGCUUUCACCCCAGGUCAUGCCGAAGGAGGUGGUGACUGAGCCAGAAGGCCUUCGAGUAACAUGGGACUACGAUGGGAUUAGUUCUGAUCAUGUUAGUCUAUAUCCGUGGGAGUGGAUUAAGAAGCGGUCCAUCCGAAGUGGAGGACAGGUGCGGGCACCGAAGAUCCCAGAUCAUGCUCUUUGGUCGGAACGAAUAAAAUAUAUGGAACCAUCAGUUCCUUACGACGAAAUAAUGGCAAGUGAGGAUGGGGUGGCGGAAUGGACCGCACUUAUUCGAAAGUACGGGUUCUGUUAUGUAGAUGAUUGCCCUGUAUCACCUGAGAAAACAAAAGAGUUGAUCGAGCGCAUCGCCUUCAUUCGCGAAACACACUACGGUGGAUUCUACGACUUUACAUCCGACCUCACAAUGAAAGAUACAGCCUACACUGACCUUGCUCUCAGUCCUCAUACCGAUACAACCUACUUCACCGACCCGGCCGGGCUCCAAAUGUUUCACCUGCUCUCGCACACGGAAGGUAGUGGCGGAGAAACUGUGCUCAUCGACGGCUUCAACGCCGCCAACCGCCUGCUUAAGGAGUCCCCGAGAGAUUACAAAAUACUUGCAACAACGCCGGUCGUCUGGCACGCGUCUGGCAAUCCAGGCAUCACGAUAACCCCGUCACGGCGAUUCCCCGUCCUGAAUUUGAAAGUCGAGGAUGGCCCGGACACCAUCUUUAACUUGCUCCAGAUAAGGUGGAACAACGCCGAUAGAGGUUGGGUUCCGGCCUUUAACAAUCACAUUCCUGUGGCCGACAGGUGGUACAAGGCCGCAAGGAAAUUUGAUGAGAUUUUGAAGAGUGAAAGUAUGCAGUAUUGGACGCAAUUGAAGCCUGGUCGGCCGUUAAUUUUUGAUAAUUGGAGAGUGCUGCAUGGGAGGAGUCAAUUUACGGGGAAGAGAAGGAUGUGCGGUGCUUACAUAAAUCGCGACGAUUUCAUAUCGAGGUGGCGGAACACGGUUCUCGGAAGGGAGAAGGCAAUGAGGCAGUUCCUUUGAGAGAAAGAUCAGCUAACUGAAUUGGUAACUUUGUUGAUUUGGGAGAAGACGAAGCGAUGUAUGCUAUGAACGUAUAUCCUCAAAAAUGAGUGUAUAAGAUACCUGAUUAGAAUUUGGUUCGUAAAUUGUACAAAUAGAGCCCCAGAAUAGAUGUACAGUAUCUAGGUCCACAGAUACUGUACGAGAUUCCCCC